AUGGGGGGCCAGCACCACAUGGCAGCCUGGGAUUGGCUGGAGGGCAUGAGUAAUGCGUUUUGGGAGAGCCAAUGGGGUGUAAGUGAAGGGACCUGAGUCACCCUGUCUGUCAGUGUGCUCUGUCACUCUCCCGUCACUAGACACAAACACAUACGUUUCUCGGCUUUAACCCUGGCAGUGCCUGAAUGCGUGGUAAAGAGGGGAAGGAGAAAUUGGCGUGCUCAGCUCAAAUGUUUGUAGUAACAAAAAGUAUUUGUGUGCCGGGUUCAAAAGGCAUAUAGUUGAAGAAAGGAAAAACCUGCAUUCACUGAAAUAUAUAAGUUUUAAUAUAUAUUUUUUAGCAGCAGAGGUCAGAACAAACGGACACGUUUCGUCGGCAGCCUUAGUCAGCCUUUGGAGAACACUCGACAUUCACCCAUAUUUAUAGAUGAUGUCACAUUGCAAUACUGCUUCUUUGUUUUUUUCACUAUUUACAUUCAUUACUUACAUAUAUUUUCUACUAUUUUCCACAAGAGCUUCAAAAUAAAAAUGUGAAUAAACAAAGAAAUGUGCAGCUGUUGCUCACAGGAAGCAACCUAACAUCCUGCUUCACACUCAUACGGGAAAGAACAUGUAUGUCGGGUAGAAUGUCUUGUAAAACAACAUUUGUUUUCUAUUUACUUUAGUGUCCAUGUGGCUAUUAUUAUGUUGGAAACUGUAAGAUAAUUGAAAGUUCAUAUUACAGAGCACAUACAUAUUCUUAACCCGGCACGCUUCGACAAAACAACAACUAGCUGUGCAUGAGGGCCCCCCGAUGACCCAGAGGACUUGGUUAUCUCGCUCUCUGAGGCUGACGUGAGUAAGGUUUUUAAUCAGGUCAACACUCGCAAGGCCACGGGGCCAGACGGUAUUCCAGGCCGUGUUCUCAGAGCAUGCGCAGAACAGCUGGCAGGCAUAUUCACUGUAAAUUUCAAUCUCUCCUUUUCCCAUUCUGUAAUCCCCACAAGCUGACCACCAUCAUUCCUGUACCCAAUAACUAUAAUGCUGCCUGCCAUAAUGACUACUGCCCUGUAUCACUCAUAUCUGUAAUCAUGAAGUGCAUUGAAACGCUGGUUAUGGGACACAUUAACUCCAUCAUCCCAGACACCCUAGACCCACUCCAAUUUUCACACCGCCCCAACAGAUCCAUAGACGACACAAUCUCAAUUGCACUCCACACUGCCUUCACCCACCUAGAUGAGAUAAAUACCUAUGUGAGAAUGCUGUUUAUUGACUAUUGACCACAGCUCAGUGUUCAACAUCAUAGUCCCCUCCAAGCUCGUCACCAAGCUUGGGACCCUGGAACUGAAAACCUCCCUCUGCAACCGGAUGGUCCGACCUUAGGUGGUGAGGUUUAGGCACCAUCCCCUCCACCACGCUGACCCCCUCAACACAGGGGACCCACAGGGGUGUGUGCUUAGUCCCCUCCUGUACACCCUGUUCACCUACGACUGCGUGACCACACACGACUCCAGCAUCAUCAUCAAGUUUGCUGACGACACGGCGGUGGUAGGCCUGAUCACCGGCGAUGAUGAGACUGCCUACAGGGAGGAAGUCAGUGACCUGGCAGUGUGGUGCCAGGACAACAACCUCUCCCUCAACGUCAGUAAGACCAAGGAGCUGAUCGUGGACUACAGGAAAUGGAGGGGCGAGCACGCCCCCAUCCACAUUGGGUCCACUUUAGUGGAGCGGGUCGAGAGCUUCAAGUUCCUCGGUGUCCAAAUAACUAAGGACUUAAAAUGGUCCUUUUUAAACUUUUUGUUGGUUAAGGGCUUGUAAGUAAGCAUUUCACUGUAAUGUCUACACCUGUUGUAUUCGGCGCAUGUGGCAAAAAAAUUUGAUUUGAUUUGGUCCACAACACAUGCACACAGUCGUGAAGAAACACGACAGCGCCUCUUCCCCCUCAGGAGGUUGAAACGAUUUGGCAUGGUGUCACGAUCGUCUAAGGAGGAGGACCAAGGCGCAGCGUUGAGGGUGAACAUAUUUAUUUAGAGAAUGAUCACACGAUCAAAACAACAGACGAUAACGUGACGUCUACGGUUUAACACAAACCAAAUAAGAACAAGAAACCACAACGAAUGAAAGCCUAACGGCUACCUAAGUAUGACUCCCAAUCAGAGACAACGAGCUACAGCCGUCUCUGAUUGGGAGCCACCCUGGCCAACAUAGAAAUGAAAAACAUAGAAACUAACACCCUGGCUCAACAUACGAGAGUCCCCCGAGCCAGGGCGUGACAGUACCCCCCCCUAAAGGCGCGGACUCCGACCGCGCCAACCAAACACAACAGGGGAGGGACCGGGUGGGCACUCCGCCUUGGCGGCGGAUCCGGCUCCGGGCAUGAUCCCCACUCGCUCUCUAACCCCCCAAAGUACCCCUGGUCCGGUCUGGCCCUGCUGACCGGAGCUGGACUGCACACUGGUGGAGCGGAUUGCUCUAGCUCCGGCGUGAAGCAGCUGACCCGUGCUGAACCAGGCACCAGUGGAACAGGCACGGGCUGUGCCGGACUGACGACGCACACCACUGGCUUGGUGUGGGGAGCAGGGACGGCCCGAGCCGGGCUGACGAAACGCACCCCUGACUUGGUGCGGGGAGCAGGAGCGGGCCAAACCGGGCUGACGAAACGCACCACUGACUUGGUGCGGGGAGCAGGAACGGGCCGAGCCGGGCUGACAAAGCGCACCACUGACUUGGUGCGGGGAGCAGGAAGUAGGAACGGGCCGAGCCGGUUUGACGAAGCGCACCACUGACUUGGUGCGGGGAGCAGGAACGGGCCGAGCCGGGCUGACGAAGCGCACCACUGACUUGGUGCGGGGAGCAGGAACGGGCCGAGCCGGGCUGACGAAGCGCACCACUGACUUGGUGCGGGGAGCAGGAACGGGCCGAGCCGGGCUGACGAAGCGCACCACUGACUUGGUGCGGGGAGCAGGAACGGGCCGAGCCGGGCUGACGAAGCGCACCACUGACUUGGUGCGGGGAGCAGGAACGGGCCGAGCCGGGCUGACGAAGCGCACCACUGACUUGGUGCGGGGAGCAGGAACAGGCCGGACCGUACUGGGAACACACACCACUGGCCCUACGUGGGGAUCAGGAACAGGCCGGCCCGGACUGGCAACACACGCCAGUACCUCUCGCCGUGCCUCUACAUCCUCCUUCCCCCUGGUGACCAGUGACUCCCGUAACCUGGCGGCCUCCUGCUGCCCCGUCGUCCACGGCGUUAGCCCCCCCCUAAAAAAUGUAUGGGCUUCACUCCUACCCGUGGCCAAGGCCUCCAUCCCUCUUGCCAGACUCGCACUCAUCUCCUCCCAAGUCCAUCCUCUCUCCUCGUCACGCUGCUUGAUCCAGUCGAGGUGGUUUCUUCUGUCACGAUCGUCUAAGGAGGAGGACCAAGGCGCAGCGUUGAGGGUGAACAUAUUUAUUUAGAGAAUGAUCACACGAUCAAAACAACAGACGAUAACGUGACGUCUACGGUUUAACACAAACCAAAUAAGAACAAGAAACCACAACGAAUGAAAGCCUAACGGCUACCUAAGUAUGACUCCCAAUCAGAGACAACGAGCUACAGCCGUCUCUGAUUGGGAGCCACCCUGGCCAACAUAGAAAUGAAAAACAUAGAAACUAACACCCUGGCUCAACAUACGAGAGUCCCCCGAGCCAGGGCGUGACACAUGGGCCCUCAAAUCCUCCAAAACGUUCUACAGCUGCACCAUUGUGAGCGUCUUGACUAGCUGCAUCACUGCUUGGUAUGGCAACUGCACCGCCCUCGAUCGCAUGGUGCUACAGAGGGUGGUGCAGACAGCCCAGUACAUCACCAGGGCCAAACUCCCUGCCAUCUAGGACCUCUAUAUCAGGCGGUAUGAAAGGAAGGCCCAGAGAAUUGUUAGACUCCAGCCACCCAAGCCAUAGACUGUUCUAUCAGCUUCCGUACGGCAAGCGGUACCGGAGCAACAAGUCUGACAUCAACAGGCUCCUGAACAGCUUCUAUCCCCAAGCCAUAAGACUGCUAAAUAGCUAACAAAAAGGUUACACAGACUAUCUGAAUUGAUAUUUUAUUUUUUAUUUUUUUGCACUGACUCUAUGCACACUCACAGGACUCUACACACUCACUCACACUGAUACUCCAACACACACACUCACACAUAUACUUAAUUUGCUCACACACACACAUUCGUAUGUUUUUGAAUUCAAACACCGUCACAUAAAUAAAUAUACCUCCAAUGAAAAUGUAUUUUUAAAUUAUUUUCACAAAGCAUUAUCAAACUACACUCUUAAGUGAAACAGAAAAGGCAGACACUGUUUCUCAGGGUUUAACCAGGAUGAGAGGGGCAGAUUGGGGUCUAGUUUAGUUUUUCUUUGCUGGGCUCCUUUCUGCUAGCCUAGCGAUAACUGCCUGCCUGCUAGCACUAACUCUUCUCUUCUCUCUGCUACCUUGAAGGAUUUGUUUUGUGAGACAGCUUUAAGUCCUAAAGUGAUGAGAACCUGCUGGCAACUGCCAGGGCCUGUCGCUCCCGCAAGACGUUUCAGAAGUUAAGGUUAUCACUACAAGUUUGAUCUGUCAAUGUUCACAGGGUUAUGGUUGUGAUGUGUGUUUGGUCCUAUAUAUAAUUUUUUUUUAUCCCAGCCCCCGUCCCAGCAGGAGGCCUUUUGCCAUUUGGUAGGCCGUCAUUGUAACUAAGGAUUUGUUCUUAACUGACUUGCCUAGUUACAUUAUGGUUAAAUAAGAAAAGAAAAUGGCAGUGCAGAGCGCUGUGCAUUAGCUCUGAGACUUAUGAGGAUUGUGGAUUGUGUCAGAAUGUGUUUAACGCCUUGUUAGUUGGGUGGCGGGUAGCCUAGCGGUAAGAGCGUUUGGCCAGUAAUCAAAAGGUCGCUGUUUCGAGUCCCCAAGCCGAUAUAGGUGAAAAACCUUGAGCAAGGCACUUAACCCUCAUUGCUCCUGUAAGUUGCUCUGGAUAACAGUGUCUGCUAAAUGACGUAAAUGUUGUGAAGUACAGACAUACAGGGGCGAAAAGGUGGUGUUUCUUGGUCUUUUGGCAUUGUCUUGUUUGACUGGUUGGGGAUUAUUUGGACUUGGAGAGAAUUGGUUGGUUCAGAGAAAAUUAUGCUCUUUUUGGGGUUUGGGAGAACGGAGAUAUGGAAUAGAUCCGAUUUGAAUCAUUAUCUUUUUAAUACUGUGAUAUUUUCUUAGACUGGUGAGAAUGAUUGUACAUUAGAAUUUGGCAGCUGAAUUGUUACAUUAUUAUUACUUAAUAGCAUGUACACCUGCAGUGAAUUAUUGCUGUGUGUGUGUGUGUGUGUGUGUGUGUUGUGUGUGUGUGUGUGUGUGUGUGUGUGUGUGUGCUUUUGUGUGUGUGUGUGUGUGUGUGUGUGUGUGUGUGUGUGCCUACCUGUGUGUAUGUGCCUGCCUGUGUGCAUGUCAGUCUUCCAGCCUGCCUGUGUGUGUAUGUCAAAUCAAAAUUGUAUUUGUCACAUGCUUCGUUAACAACAGGUAUAGACUAACAAUGAUAUGCUUACUGUGUGUAUUCUUCGAGCUCUCACAAGCCUGUUAAGCAGCAGUCAGGGUCCUGUUCCAGACGGGUUCAGGCUGAGAUUGAAGCGUAACUAAGCGUGCAGCAAAGUUUCUCCUCUACAGCCGAGGUACAGCCACGAUACGGUGCCGCUCAAGGACAAAAUGGAGGGGACACCCCAUGAUACUUGUGAUGCAUCACUUCCUCUCGCCCCACGGUGUCCCAUAUACAGUCUGAGAGACCCUGACGGAACACAGACACAAACACACACACUGGCCAACACACACACACACCUACUGAACACAGGGCCACCAACCAAGCACACACUGACUGAAAACACAAACAAACACCAAUCGAACGUGGGGCCACCGGCUGGGCACAGACACCUCGCCUGCCAGAGAAAGAGCAGCUUGUGGAUGGCUACCUUCCAAUACAACAGUAUAAAAGCCUCUACAAAAAUAGUUUAAUCACAGUGACACUUUAUUUUACAGUCCACUAUUUAUCUGGUCUUUGUUGAUAAAAUAACAUGUUAAGAAAUACAUUAUUAUAAUUUUACCAAGUAAUUUGAAAAGCACCAACAUGUUCCAUUUUGUACCAAGUAGUUAGCAGUUGUGUUGAAUGUCUCAGUAAGCCUCAGUAAGCCACAGAUAAAGCAUGAAAUAGUUGUAUUAAUUUUGCGAUGUUGUUGGUGUUUCUUUAUGCUUGUAGAAAAUGUACUGUAUAAUGUAGGCUAUAUUUAUAUUUUUCCCUAUGCAGAUAAGCAGAUGAUUGUUAAGUUAUUCGCUUGAAGAUAUUAUUGACAUUUCUGUAUUCAUGUACAUUAUUUGCUAAUGUACAUGUAUGUAUUUUCCUUUUCCCUAUACAGGUAAGCAGGUGAUCCACCCCAACCAGGUCCAGGCGGUACAGGAGGAGUUCUCCCCCAGUCAGGAGAGGGUCCAGUGGGCUACAGAACUCAUCGCUGGCUUUGACGAGUACCAGAAGCAGGGAAAGGUAAAUCAAGUAUAGUAGUCAACUGCAAAAUGUAGAGUUAAGACAUUUUUAUUAACGUGUUAUUGCUUAGGACUUUAUAAAGAAAUUCACAGGACGACAUCAGUGCAUAAGUGCAUUCAAAUACACAUUACAGGAUGGCUCACACUAUGCCAUUAUGUGCAAGAAAAUAUAAAGAGAACAUACACUACCAGUCAAAGGUUUGGACACACCUACUCAUUCAAGGGUCUUUCUUAAUUUUAAAAAAUGUUACAUUGUAGAAUAAUAGUGAAGACAUCAAAACUAUGAAAUAACACAUAUGGAAUCAUGUAUUAACCAAACAAGUGUUAAACAAAUCAAAGUAUAUUUUAUAUUUGAGAUUCUUCAAAUAGCCACCCUUUGCCUUGAUGACAGCUUUGCAACACUCUUGGCAUUCUCUCAACCAGCUUCACCUGGAAUGCUUUUCCAACGGUCUUGAAGGAGUUCCCACAUAUGCUGAGCACUUUCUGGCUGCUUUUCCUUCACUCUGCCGUCCAACUCAUCCCAAACCAUCUCAAUUGGGUUGAGGUCGGGGGAUUGUGGAGGCCAGGUCAUCUGAUGGAGCACUCCAUCACUCUCCUUCUUGGUAAAAUAGCCCUUACACAGCCUGGAGGUGUGUUGGGUCAUUGUCCUGUUGGAAAAAAAAUUGAUAGUUCCACUAAACCAAAACCAGAUGGGAUGGCGUAUCGAAACAUUUCUAAAAACCUGUUUUCGCUUUGUCAUUAUGGGGUAUUGUGUGUAGAUUGAUGAGGAUUUUUAUUUAUUUAAUAUAUUUUAGAAUAAGGCUGUAAUGUAACGAAAUGUGGAAAAAGUAAAUGGGUCUGAAUACUUUUCGAAUGCACUGUACACGCACACACACACCUCUUAAUCGUUAAUGUCCUUUUCUGUAUACACGCCACUGCAGAGUCAGUACAGUAGAUUUGGGGUUGGAAUAUGGAUUGGUGUGGGACGGAGGGGUAAAUUAAGUGUAGAAUAUUAAAUAUCAAAUGGCCACCCGGACUAUUUGCAUUGACGUACACCCCCCCCGCCCCCCUUUGUUUUUACACUGCUGCUACUCGCUGCUUAUUAUCUAUGCAUAGUCACUUUACCCCUUCCUACAUGUACAAAUUAUCUUGACUAACCUGUACCCUCGCACAUUGACUCGGUACCCCCUGUAUAUAGCCUCAUUAUUGUUAUUUUAUUGUGUUACUUUUUUAUAUUUUACUUUAGUUUAUUUAGUAAAUAAUUUCUUAACCUAUUUUCUUAAAACUGCAUUGUUGGUUAAAAGCUUCUAAGUAAGCAUUUCACAGUAAGGUCUACACUUGUUGUAUUCGGCGCAUGUGACAAAUAACAUUUGAUUUGAUUCGAUUAUUGUUUCUAAUUUAGUGCAUCGUUGCCUCCUGUGUGUAGUGCUCUGUGGGCUGUCUGCCUAUUGAGGGAGAGGCUGGUGUGAGUAAUACACAAUUUGCCCCACACCUCUCUCUCUCUUUGCCAGCCGGCCUCUGCCCUGCCUACACUAAGCAUUGCCCUAGGGACCCAUCCUACCCAGCCCUGGUGUGUGUGCGUGUUGUCUAAGGCGUUUGAGCAGAGAGCAGAGUCGUUCUCUUUGUCUGACCCAGCGGCGUUUGUUUCUUCAUGAACGCUCUCAGUCGUUAUUGACUGUGAAUGCCUAGCCAAUGUCUUCUUAUUCAUAUUGUCUAGUUUUAGAAAAUGUUUUCCCUCGUUUAGCAAACUGAGCUCAGGAUAUUGUAGGUUGCUUGUGAAGUAACUGGCUGAUGAGCUGAUCAGAAAUGUCCGCUUUUUAGUCUGGUAAUAGUCUGUUAAAUAAAGAUGCUGAAAUAUCAUAAUUUGUAGGUCAAUAUAUGAACAUAUCUCCUGUCCAUAUUAAUGGUGUUCUGCAGCAAAAUAGUCAAUAUCAAGCCAUGAUAAGAGUUGUUAUGAGUAGGGCCAGUUGUUUUGGUUGGUUUUUGUGGGGGUUUUUUCGCACACUUUUGGUGAGGUGCUAAUGACUCUGAAAUGAAAGUCGAACACUGUUCUCUCUUAGCUGUGAACUUUUAUUACCCCAAAAGGUUCCUGAAAUUUGGAGCAACACGUGCAAGACCUCAAGUUAGGAUUUGACCCCUGUGCUGACCCGUUGUUGUUGUUUUUUUAUUCCUUUCCUCCUCUACUUCGUUGGACCAAUCUGAAAUGAUCUCACCAGGUGUAAGCCAGCCUAGUGAUGAGCUUCCACAAAAUGUUUUUACCUGUCAAGUCUUUUCCAACCAGUGCAGAUGAAGGGGAGGAGAUAAGGAAGCUGCAUUCGCUGGUUGAGUCCCAAUCAUCUCUCCUUCCUCCUGAAUGUGCACUCGUUCACUACUCCCCACGAGAAUUAAAAGCAUUGGAUUGGUGUAGGCGUGGACUAGAGGGAGUUUCCAUAUACUUGAAAGGAAAGUGAACAAAUGCACACUUCAGGAGAAAGGAGAUAUUAUUGGGAUGCACAAUAGCUUCUCCAGUAUUCUCCACUGACCUCUUCUCCUGUCUCCAGGGUGCCUUCACCUUCCGGGGCAGUAUGAUCGACAUGCCCUCAGUGAAGCAGGCUCAGAACAUCGUAACGCUAGCUGCCGCCGUCACGGGGAAGUGAGGCGCUCGGGAAGAAGAUAUGGGGGGAGGAAAGAACCAGAGGAGUGAAAUGAGAGGAGGAAAAAACUAGACAAGUUGAGAGACAGUGAGAAGUGUCACUUUUAUGUAUACCUUGGCGUUAGCAAGAGGAGACUGGACACCACCGGACACCCCAAACUCUUCCACCAGCCAGAUUUAUCAGCUGGAACAAAGCACCAACAUUUCAUAAACUUCCCACUACGCCUGGUGUAUAAAGUCACUUGAAUUCUAGAUUGUAUUGAUGUUGAUUUGUUUGUUGUGUUAAUGAAAUGAAAUUUAUUAUUGUUGAUAAAUUAAAUGCAGUUGAUGAAUUUGUUCACUGAUAAAGCACCAAAUGUUUGAUAUUCAUAUCCUACAGUGUCUUUGUGGUAAGAAUGACAGGUUUAAGGUUAAUGUUUUAGACUCUGAUGUUCAUGUCGUAAAGCAGGAUAUUAUUUGACACUUUUCAUACUACUGACCGUGCCAAACUGCGCUGGCUUGGUUGCGCACGCGCCAUCGUUGCUGGAACCAUGUUGGAAAGGACAAUUUGAGAAGAAAAUAUCCAUGCCAGCACAGUACGGUUCGGGUUGGCACGAUGGGUGUGAAAAGACUGCAGUUGUUUCAAUGGUAACCCACGUGAAAAGAUACUACAGUUUACUAUAGAAUACUACAGUACUUACUAUAGAAUUAUGUAGUAAACUGUUAUAGUCUGUAGAAUCUGUAGUAUCCUUUGACACACUGUAGUAUCCCUCGAUCAUGUGUAGUACUUACUAUAGAAUGUUGUAGUAUACUGUAGAGUACUAUAGUAAAUACUGCAGUAUACGACACUCAGCAAAAACACUACAGUAAAGUCAGCAAAAACACUACCGUUUUUUAACUAUAGUAAUACUACAGUACUUAAUUUGCCUAUACCCUGCCCAUUGCCCUCCCGCCACCCAUAAGUGAGAAACCUACAUGCCAAGUAUAGACCAUAUUGUGUUCCCUACAUGUUAUAGAAAAGAGCAGAAGCUAUGAAAUAUCUGUUCAGAACCCAGUCCUACCUACCUACAGGUUAUGGAAAAUGUGCUCUUUUAGUAUUUGUCCAGUAGGUUUCCUCAAGGAGAAAGCCCCCACUUCUAUGUCAAAGAUCAUCAAACAAAAGCACUAUAGUAAAUACUACAGUAAUGUCCGCAAAAACACCACAUAAAUACUACAGUAUACUAGUCCGCUAAAACACUACUGUAAAUACAAUAGUAUAUACAAUAGUUUUUUUUUUUACUAUACUAAUACUACAGUAUUUAUACUAUAGUAAAAAGUAAGUACUACAGUACAGUCCGCAAAACAACAUUACAGUCUGCAAUUGCUACAGUUUUUUAAAUUAUUGUAAUACUACAGUGUUUAUACUAUAGUAUUUUUUCAUGUGGUGAUGGAGCAUCCAGGGUUACGCUAGGGGUGCGGGCACUUUUUGGCAGUGUGUGUGUGUGCCUGUGCCUCCUGCCUCUCCUGGGUCAUGACAGAUGCUCACCCACCUCCAGGGUCCAGCCGGGGGAAAGGCUAAACAAACACAACAAGACGCUGUUGUUUUUCCAUUCAGGCUGGGCACUUUGGGCACAAACACACAUACACACACUCUCUCUCUCUCUCUCUCUCUCUCUCUCUCUCUCUCUCUCUCUCUCUCUCUCUCUCUCUCUUCUUCUCCUCUCUUCUCUCUCUUCUCUCUCUUCUCUCUCUCUCUCUCUCUCUCUCUCUCUCUCUCUCACACACUAACAGACACACACACACUCCUUUGAGCCCCAGCACUCAGCCCCACAUCAAAGCUCUGUUUACUAAAGAGCCUCAGCGCAUUUAGGUAAAGCAACAAUCUGAGGUUUUGCCCAUCAGUAAAGCUGAGGUCUUUGUGUGUGGACUGAGGGCCGGUGUUCUCCUUGAAGGGGCCGUAUUAAUACGAUUGAACUGGGCAUCAGGCCCUCGCUGACCUCUGCACCAGAGAGGCAUACGAACACAGACACACUGUCUCUCGCACACACACUUUGACCAGUUAUCUCAAAAUGAAAAUGAACAAUUGUCCAUAUUUCUCUGUUUUUACUUCCCUCCUUCUGUGAUAAGAUUGUUUUUCUAACUGCUGCGACACAGCCAUUAACUGUGAACUGAGGGAUAAUGUGUUGAAUGGUUCAUGGUGGCCAUGGUAAUGAAACAGAAAUACAGUGUGUGUGUGUGUGUGUGUGUGUGUGUGUGUGUGUGUGUAAUUUAGACUCGCUGCUGUACGAUCUAUUGUGUCUGGAGCGGGUUCUCAGGUCUGUACCAGGCCAAAGCCAGACAAAAAGAUUGAAGCCACCACUGUGCCCAGCCAAAAAACCCAACAAUAAGCUGUCUCCUUGGCAUUUGGCCACAUAUCUCUCCAUCUCUCUCUCUCUGUCACACUCACACCUCUUUCUCACUCCUUCCCACUUAUUUUGCCUUUCGCUUUUAUUUAGUUGUGA